AUGAACCACUCUCUUCUGGGCUUCAUCGCCACAACCCACCAGGCGGUGGCCUACUACAACCUGUGGCAGCUCCAGCAGCAGUUCACCAUCAAUCCAAAGGAGAACCUGGCGGAUAUAGCCCGCUUUCCCGAACCCAGCGAGAUCGACUUGUAUGUUCUUCCAGACAAGUUGAGACAGCUCGUCAGGCUGUACAUCAGACUUAUGCGGUCAAUUCAUGUUCAGAGGGAGAUUGACACGGCUUUUGAGAAUUUUCUUACUUUCAUGGGCGAUUUCAAUCGUGUGGCGGAGGUAUCCUGGAACUGGAUAUGUCCUGCUUUGAUCAGCAGCAGUAAUGAGCUUCUUCUGGUGUACCAGGUCAGGUCCAAGAGCAAGACCAAGGAGGAAAACGACGAAAGCUUGGAAAAAGUCGCCACCAUCGUCAACAGACUGUUCAAAAUCUGCUUGACCGACAAGUCGGUGGACCCUGCUACAUCGAAGAAACUGUGCAUCCACUUCUUCCUAGCGACCCUCAUCAAAAUCUACUUCAAGCUCGACCACAUUGAGCUUGCCAAGCUGAUGGAAAAGGCACUUAUGGGAACGAAUUCUGCCAUUCCUACAAUCAUCAAUUGCCCCGUCCAGUACAGAAAGCACGUCGUCACCUACUUGUAUUAUAGUGCGCUCUUAUCGCUAGACGAUGCUGAGUAUGCUUUGGCGGAGGUGAAGCUCCUCACAGCAUGGGACUUUUUGCUGUGCUACAACAGACCUCAGAAGGUCCAGCCGCAUCUGGAGAAAAUCUUGAUGCUUGUGGCGCCUUUGAAGUACUUGUCUUCCCGGAAAAGACUCUCAGACGAUGUUUAUGAAAAAUACCCCAGCCUCAAGUACAUUUACAAGGAACAGCUCCUCAAGUCCGUUCGUGAGGGUAAUCUCGCUGCAUUUGACGAGCAGCUCCAAAAAUUCCACACCGUCUUGCUCAACAGACACAUUUACUUGUUGGUGCUCCGACUCAAGCAGUUGUGCUACCUUCUGCUCGUGCGCAAAACGGCCAAUUUCUACAAAACCAUCGACGACAAAACCCCGCAUAUCGUUCCACUUGCCUACUUCCAAAAAGCCCUUGAUUUCGCCCAGAAUGGCUCGGAUCCGUCCAAGGAAGAGGCAUCUGUGGAGCAGGUGGAGUGCAUACUAGCGAACCUUAUCGCUCAGAAACACAUCAAGGGCUACAUCUCCCACGCCAACAGGUGCAUUGUUCUCCUGAAAUCAGAUGCAUUCCCCAGACCAGCUCCUCUGAGCUAG